AUUCAGCCUCUGUCUCUCUGGAUGUGCCUGUUCUGGAAGUUUCCCAUCUAUGGAGUUGCACACUGUGACCUUCUGUGUCUGUUUUACUCACUGAGCAUCGUGGUCUCAAGGCCUGUCCAUGUUGUGUCAGUGCAUUGCUCCUUUUUGAGGCUGCGUGAUACUCCACUGUGUGGAGGGUCACGUUUUGUGUGUGUGUUCUGCAGUUGGUGGGCAUUUGGAUUGUUUCCACUCUGUGGCGGUUGUAGAUCGUGCUGCUGGGAACUCGGCAUGUGCACACACUGGAUAUUGGAUAUAUUUUGGAAACAGAUGAAGUACGGGCUGGGGUGGGGAGAGAAUGUGGGAGCUGGGGUUGCUGCAGGGUCCCAGCUUGAGCAUCUGGGAAGGUGGCACUGAGGGUGCAGGAGGGAAAUUCAGACGCUUCCUUCGGUUCAGGGCCCUUCACAGGGGUGCUAGGAGGCUAAGGAGAGGGGGAGGGGGAGCCCCAUGCCAGGGUACCACCUCCUUCCUCCAGCCUCUGUGCUCCUGGCCUCUUGGCCGGGGGCCAGCCUGCCCAGCUGUUGCCAGGACACUGGGGUGCCUUUGUUGCUGUCAACAAUGGCCCCACAGGCCUUGGAGGCAUGAGCCCCUGGGCAUCCAGAGGCAGACAUGCAGACCCUGAGGCGGAAGGCUGCCCAGCCCUAUGUCCCCCGGGAUACCCUUGAGGUGGACUUCCCGGCAUCUCUGUACAGCGAUGACUACCUGUCCCAGGAGGGCCCCCGCUGGACACCAGCCAUCAAGCAAGCGACGCGCUGGAAGUACACACCCAUGGGACGUGAUGCGGCUGGCCAGCUCUGGUACACCGGCCUAACCAACUCGGACUCCCGAGAAGCCUGGUACACGGUCCCAAAGGCCCUGGACAGCCCGUAUCGCGAGGCUUAUGCCCACUGGCAUGGAUGCUACCGCCACAGGGAGCAGAGCAUGCCCUCAGCCUAUGCCCAGCGCCUCUGGGAGACCGCCUGGUAUGACCCCAUCAUCCCGGCCCAGUACCGAGACCCCAGCACGCGGUGGGGGAGCAUGUUGUGGAAAGACAGACCCAUCCGGGGCAAGGAAUACGUAAUCAACAGACACCGAUUUGGGGUGGAGCCACUGUGGCAGGCGUCUGACUAUGUGCCGUACCUGUCAGCACCUCAGCACCCGCGCUACACCGCCCAGAACUACCGGCAGUGGGACCUAGAACCCUACUGCCCCUCUACCAACCAGCGGCUCCCACCCAACUACACGCCCAUCCACAGAUAA